UCUGUCUCAAACAAGGUGGGCGACCGUAUGAAUCCUCACUGACCAUGUUCCUCCAUUUAAAAUCAUCUCAAGCCAACAUUAUUCCAAAUAAGGUCGCGUAAUAAUGCGUGCAUCGAUUUACCAUUGUAUCAUUAUGUAUGGCUAUCUUUCGGCAACUAUUUUCAUUAUUACUUCUCCGUUCAAAAUAUGAUGUGUAACACAAAUAGGAAUACAACAGGCAUUAGCUUCUUCAUUCACCUGAUUUUGUUGAUGAACUAAUUUGUACAUAUUAAUCAUCUGGAAAACUUCAGAUAAUGAGUAUCUUCUUGUGUUUCCUUCCGUGACCUUUUACCAAAAAUACUUCCUUGGCGUAAAAGAUGAACAGAUUAGAUCAUUGCAAGAGGAGAUUGCCGAUAGUUGUGUUCCUGGAAAUGUUUUUAUGUUAUACAAAACUUCGAGCUUUCUCAUGAUUGACUUUGAAAAAUGUGCAGAAGAAUGGGUCAGUAAUGGCUGUGGCAGAAGCAAGAACCGCUUGGCAAAGAGCAGCUAAUCGAUGUUUGGUCCAAGAAGAUGCCAAACGAGCUCCGAAGUUGGCGUGCUGCUCAUCAGCAUCACCCUCAGCGAAACAGGUUGAUACUGGGCCUGCAAAUGGUGCUGAUGCACAAAAUCCUUCUAGCACAUGUUUCCUGCCCUUUAACAGGAACUCUUCAUAUUGUGAUUUAUCCCCUAAUACAAGAUGGUGGCUGCAUCUUCAACCUAAUUAUGGGUAUCAAAGAGGCUUAGUGAGUGAAACUGUAGAUUCUCUGCAAGCGGAGAUGGAAAGUAUUGGACCAGUUUUAGAUUCAACCCCUAAAAAUAGCAAGUUCACUGAUCAGAGUGAAGCAGAUGAUGAUUACGUGGAUGAAGUCACAGUUGGUGGAUCUCUAGAUUAUCAGGUUAAAAGAUCUGCAAGCCAUGUAAAUAGUGACUUGGGAGUUGGACACAAAGAACUAAUAGAUGUGUUCACUGACAUUUCCAAGGAUAGCCUUAACCUUGAGGACGGAAGGUAUCCUUAUGAAGCAAGUAAGAAAGAUGUAGUUGAUUUCACAGAGUGUAAACAGGUUGAUGAGCUUUCGUUUGAUACGGAGUAUCCUUGGAUUGGUGUUGAGAAAUCUGAGCCAUGGUGGCGAACUGCAGACAGAGAGGAACUUGCUUUAUUGGUUGCACAGAGAUCACAUGAUUUUAUUGAGAACUGUGAUCUUCCCCAGCCACAGAACAAUUUUGUUAAACAGGAUCAUGAUGUGGAUGUUGAUACUAAGAUUUCUGCUUCUUCUGUGAGUCCCAAAUCCGGAGAUACAUCUUGGCACAGUGAGAACAUUCAUCAACGGGGCAGUGUUUCUUUUAAACGUCCAUCUCAAUUAGAAGCUGAAGGGCACUCACAGCUCCAUGCUUGCAAGUCAUCAAGUUUGAGGAACAGUGACACCAGUAGCCAAAAGAUUGUGCCUGAAAUGAACACAUCUAGUGAUGAUGAAAGCAAGGCCCAACUACUAGAAGCACUUCGUCAUUCUCAAACACGUGCAAGGGAAGCUGAAAAUGCAGCAAAGCAAGCCUUUGCAGAGAAGGAGCACGUCGUGCAGCUGGUCUUUAGACAAGCAUCACAACUUUUUGCCUAUAAGCAAUGGUUCCAGCUACUGCAAUUAGAGAACCUGUACUUCCAGAUUAAAAACAACAGAAACCAACCAAUAUCGGCCAUAUUACCGGUAAUGCUGCCAUGGGUACCCCAGAAAACUAAGAGACCGCGGAAGAAAUAUGCUAGGGUCAAACGAGCCAAACGAGCCCGUUCCAAGUAUGACUUGAGCAGAUAUGCAGUUGUUUUUGCUCUAGGUUUGGGUCUUGUUGGUGCAGGUUUCCUUCUUGGCUGGACGGUCGGGUGGAUGUUACCGACAUUUUGAGCUGUGUAGAUUGUAUCCAAUUUUCCUGUUAAUACUAGUUUUGUGAAGAUUGGUUUACGGGGGAAUUAACUUGGUGUUUGUGUCUAUGUUGGUUGUAUGAUGAUGACGAUCAUUUCUCCAAUUACUUUGGUCUCAGCUUUUAGUACUUGAAAUUGAAACGAAAUUCUGAGCUUUCCCUCAGCUUGUACUUGUAUAUAUCUUAGGCAUUAUGUUUUUCGUUACCAAAAUCAUGGUUUCUAUAGACUAGUUUUGUAUUGUCUUGGUCAAAGAAUGCUUGGAAAUGACUACUGCGCUCUGUAUUUUCUUAUUUUCCUUUAUACAUAUUAGUAAAAUACUCAAUGUUCUAUUA